AGCUGCUAGCAGAGCUAGCUUGUUGUUCUGGUGUGUGAGGAGAAUAUUUGAGGCUCUGCAGUAAAAAUGUCUUCACUUCAGUCUCUGGGAGAGUUGAUCAGCUAAAGCGACUAACUGCUGCUGCUGCAGAAAUCUUCUCACCAGGCUGUGGAAACUUUCUUCUCCUCCUCAACAACUUGGUGGAGUUCUUUCCAGAACCAGAGAAGAUAUUCUGCGGUCUUCGUGACAAUCGGAGCUCCAGAAUCAGGUUGUGGAUUGAAGAGGUUCCCUCUAUCAGACUCGCUCAUCUGAGUUGGUCAUGAUGCAGGAUCGCUGCUCGCUCUCUCAUCCAUCCUGCUCACACUCUCCGACGGAAAAGCCCCGAAUCUGAAUGUGACUCUGGAGGAAAAAGCGGUUAGCUCUACUCCGUGAACUCUGCUGUUAGCUAAACACGGCUAAAGAAAACCUGCUACCACUUCAGGAUCUGGGACUGAUUCAUCGUGUGUUCUUCACCACCUGGACCUGGACAGCAUGGACACAGAGAUUCAACAGGUAGUUCUGGUUAAAGAAGAAGCUCCUGAAGAACAGAGUGUUGGUGUGGACCAGCAGCACCCAGAACGUUUUCAAGUGAAGGAGGAACAGGAGGAACUCUGGACCAGUCUGGAGGGAGAACAGCUUCAUUUGAAGGAGGAGACUGAUGCUGCCAGGUUUCCAUUCACUGCAAUUUCUAUAAAGAGUGAGGAUGAUGAAGAGAAACCUCUGGUCUCACAGCUUCAUCAGCAACAAAUAGAAGACAUAGAUGGGCCAACCAGCAGCUCAGCUGACCAGCUGACAGCAGAAACUGGUGGAGGAGCAGAAACUAGCAGGAACCCAGACCUGAACCCUCAUGAACAGACAUCUGAUUCUUCAGAGACUGAAGUUAGUGGAGAUGAUGAUAUGGAGGAGGAGGAUGUGACUUCAGAGGAGGGUGUGACUUCAGACUCUGGGUCUGAAACUGAAGACAAAGAGGAUGACUGGAAUGAGUCAGGUGUUAAGUCUGUCAACAGAUCCUUUAGCUGCCCUGAGUGUGGUAAACAGUUUCUCCAGAGGAGGUCUCUCCAGAAACAUGUGAAAGGUCAUUCAGCAAUAACAUCUUCAGGCUGUUUGGUUACUAAGAAAAGUGUUAAAGUGAAGCAACAUGCAGACCCAAGCCUUAAAGUCCACAGAGAAAUGACAGCAUUGAGUUGUAAUGAAUGUGGAAAAAUAUUUAGUCAUAAACAUAAUCUAAAGAGACACGUUAGACUCCACACAGGACAGAAACCUUUUGUCUGUGAACUCUGUGAUCAAAGUUUUUCUCAAAAGACAAAUUUAAACAUACACCUUAGAGUCCACACAGGACAGAAGCCCUUUGCCUGUGAUGUCUGUGGACACAGAUUUUCUCAUAAGAAAAUUUUAAAUGAACACAUGAGAGUCCACACAGGACAGAAGCCUUUUGUCUGUGACCUCUGUGGCCAAAGAUUUUCUCAAAAGACAAGUUUAAACAGACACAUGAGUGUCCACACAGGACAGAAGCCCUUUGCCUGUGAUGUCUGUGGACACAGAUUUUCUCAAAAGAAAAAUGCAAAUGAACACAUGAGAGUCCACACAGGACAGAAGCCUUUUGUCUGUAAACUCUGUGGACAAAGAUUUUCUCGAAAUACAAAUUUAAACUGUCACGUGAGAGUCCACACAGGACACAAACCAUUUUUCUGUGAACUCUGUGGACAAAGAUUUACUCGAAAUGAAAAUUUAAACUAUCACAUGAGCAUCCACACAGGACAGAAACCUUUUGUCUGUGAACUUUGUGGAAAAGGAUUUGCUAAUCAGAGAUAUUUAAACAGACACAUGAUAGUCCAUUCAAGACAGGAACCGUUUGUCGUAGAAAUCUGUUGACAAAGAUUUGCUGUUCAGCUGUAUUUAAACAGACACAUGAGAUUCCACUCAGGACAGGAACCGUUUGUCUGUGGACAAAGAUUUACUCAAAUGACGUGUUUUAACUCUCCACACAUGACAUAAACUUGUUGCUGAGGAUAGAAUUUUAUAUCAUUGCAGUAUUAGUCUUAUUAGCUUACUUUUUGUCAUGAAAUAUUUUGGUUCCAUCAUUACCUUUUGUGUGGCUUAUUAGGGUCACAGGCAAACACAGCAGCACCGUAAGAGUGCAUGCGUAAUAUUUCCUGUCACAGAAGCAAGUGCUUUCCUUGUUAAAAAGAACUUAGUUGCAGUGUUUGGUUUCCAGCCACUAGAG